CUCCUCCCCUCAGGAGGCAGCAGGACUCUGCUCAACGACGGAGAAGAAGAAGGAGGAAGCCGGAAGUGAGCGGGGCCGCUGACCUACUGCAGCAGCAUCGGAUUAUCGUCAGACAGCUGCAGCAGUGACACACCUGUCAGGUGAAACAGUAGCUCCUCCUCCAACAUGGCUGAUGUAUGGCAGACCGCCAUGGACCACGCAGUCGGUGCUGCACGGAGAGCUGGACAGGUGGUGCGGGAGGCUCUGCAGGAUGACAGGAAGGUGAUGACGAAGAGUUCUUCUGUUGAUUUGGUGACACAAACUGACCAGAAGGUGGAACAGCUCAUCAUCCAAUCAGUGAAGGAGAAAUUCCCCACACACAGGUUCAUAGGGGAGGAGUCUGUAGCUGCAGGUGAGUCUUGUGUCCUGACUGAUGCUCCCACCUGGAUCAUCGACCCCAUUGACGGGACGACCAACUUUGUUCAUGCAUUUCCUUUUGUUGCUGUUUCCAUCGGAUUCUCUGUCAACAAACAGGUGGAGUUCGGUGUAGUCUUCAGCUGUCUUGAAGAUAAAAUGUUUACAGCGAGAAGAGGCAAGGGAGCGUUCUGUAAUGGAGAGCCACUGCAGGUUUCUGAUCAGGAAGACAUCAAACAGUCCAUCAUCGCCACAGAGUUCGGAUCCAGCAGAGACCCGGAUGCUGUCGACAGAAUUUUCUCCAGCCUGAGGAACGUCCUCUGCAUCCCAGUACACGGUGUGCGUGGAGCAGGAACUGCAGCCAUCAACAUGUGUCUGGUGGCCUCUGGCUGUGUUGAAGCAUAUUAUGAGAUAGGGAUCCACGUCUGGGACAUCGCUGCUGGGUCGCUGAUCGUCUCCGAGGCUGGAGGAGUCCUGAUGGACGUGGACGGAGGACCGUUGGACCUGAUGUCCAGAAGAAUCGUCGCCGCUAACAGCAGAACUAUCGCUGAGCGGAUCGUCAGAGAGAUUGACGCCUUCGGUCCGCCCAGAGAUGAUGAGCCGCUCAGACGGUGAAGAGGAAUUCAGUUUGUAACGUUAAUAAAGUUUGUAAUAAAAAACA